GCUAAAAAGAGGGAAUUGAUAUAAUCAUAAUAUUGAAACUGUACAAGCUGUACUGUGGAGAAGUGGAUCAGUCAGCUUCUCACACGUGUUUUGUCGUGUUUUUACUGCGGCAGAAACGUGGAGCCUGAUGCUUCGUAAAUAGAGGUAGAGUUAGUAAAAUUCUCAGUUACUCGUAUUAAUCGCUACUUACCAACACCGUCUUUCUCUGUAGCCGUUAGUCUUCACUUGCCACUAUGAAGUACAUCCUGGUUACUGGUGGUGUCAUAUCUGGUAUUGGUAAGGGGAUCAUUGCCAGCAGCUUGGGAACAAUCCUCAAGUCCUGCGGACUUCACGUCACAGCCAUCAAAAUCGAUCCUUAUAUCAAUAUUGAUGCAGGCACCUUUUCACCUUAUGAACAUGGUGAAGUUUUUGUUCUUGAUGACGGUGGGGAGGUGGAUCUGGACUUGGGGAACUAUGAGCGUUUCCUGGACAUCCGUCUUACCAGAGACAACAACCUCACUACUGGAAAGAUCUACCAGUCGGUCAUCAACAAGGAGAGGAGGGGAGAUUACCUGGGCAAGACUGUACAGGUGGUACCCCACAUCACAGAUGCCAUCCAGGAGCGAGUAAUGAAGCAGGCCAGGAUCUCAGUAGAUGAUGAUGGUGUGGAGCCUCAAGUUUGUGUCAUAGAGCUGGGAGGCACAGUGGGGGACAUUGAAAGCAUGCCCUUCAUUGAGGCCUUCAGACAGUUCCAGUUCAAGGUGAAGAGAGAGAACUUUUGCAACAUCCAUGUCAGCCUGAUACCACAGCCCAAUACCACAGGAGAGCAGAAAACCAAACCGACCCAGAACAGUGUCCGAGAGCUCAGAGGGCUAGGCUUGUCUCCAGAUUUGAUUAUGUGCCGCUGUUCAACGCCCCUAGAAACGGCUGUCAAGGAGAAGAUCUCCAUGUUUUGUCAUGUGGAGCCCACACAGGUGAUCUGUGUCCAAGAUGUCUCCUCAGUGUACAAAGUGCCCCUGCUGCUGGAGGACCAGGGUGUUGUGAGCUACUUGUAUCAGCGGCUGAACCUGCCUAUCGAGAUGAGGCCUAGGAAGAUGCUCACAAAGUGGAAGAAGAUGGCUGACAGAUCUGACCGUCUCUUAGAGCAUGUUUCCAUAGCCCUGGUGGGGAAAUACACAAAGUUGGCCGACUCCUACACCUCUGUUAUCAAGGCCCUAGAGCACUCAGCCCUCGCCAUUAAUCACAAACUAGAGGUCAAGUACAUAGACUCUGCAGACCUGGAGACUACCACUCUGCAAGAUGAACCAGUGAAAUAUCAUGAGGCCUGGCAAAAACUCUGCAGUUCUCAUGGUGUGUUGGUACCAGGAGGUUUUGGUGUGAGAGGGACGGAAGGCAAGAUGCUGGCUAUUAACUGGGCGAGGAAACAGAAUAAGCCAUUGCUGGGGGUAUGUUUGGGCAUGCAGCUGGCAGUGUGUGAGUUUGCCCGCAAUGUUCUCGGAUGGGAAGAUGCCAACUCCACAGAAUUUAAUCCAGAAUCAAAAUACCCCGUGGUGAUUGACAUGCCAGAGCACAACCAAGGACAGAUGGGUGGGACUAUGAGGCUGGGGAAGAGGCGGACCAUUUUCAAAUCCAACACCAGUGUACUGAGAAAACUGUACGGAGAUGUGGAAUAUGUUGACGAGAGGCACAGACACAGAUUUGAGGUGAACCCUGAGCUGAAGCACCACUUUGAGAAAAAGGGUCUUCAGUUUGUCGGCCAGGAUGUGGAAGGAGAGAGAAUGGAGGUCAUUGAAUUAGAGGAUCAUUGUUACUUUGUUGGAGUGCAGUACCAUCCAGAGUUCACCUCGAGGCCCAUCAAACCUUCUCCUCCAUACUUUGGCCUCCUGCUGGCUGCUGCAGGAAAACUCCAGAGCUACCUCACCAAGGGCUGUCGCCUUUCUCCACGGGACACUUACAGCGGCAGCAGCGGCAGCAGCUCUCCCGAAGUGGACAUCACUGAGCUGAAGUUCCCCUCUUUGUCCUGAGACUAAAGCACACGUAGUUGGGUUUGUCACUCAUGCAGAUAAAUGCAAGGCCCAGAAAAAAGCUGGUCUGCCCUCAACUGACACUGCAAAACCAUUUUUAUUAAACUGUUUUUAUGCUCUGAUUGGUGCAAUAUGUUAAUCAUGUAUACUCUAAAUAUAUUAUGCCUUCAGUGAGUUUUAUAAAGGUAAAGGGAUGUCUUGCUGUUAGCUCCAUGGGGCUUUAGAGGUGCUGCAGUCAGCAAAAGCUGGAAUAAAGGUUUAUGGGGGAAUUGUAAGAAAAGAUUUGGACAUUGUGGAAUACCUGUACAGAAAAACCUUUGUUGAAAUAGAAUAGGGUAAGACAUCAGCCAUCAGUAUACCGUAUGUUUUGUGUGUGUGUGUGUGUGUGUGUGUGUGUGUGUGUGUGUAACAAUACUAACCUACUAUUUCUAUUUUGAAGUCUUAAGAAUAGCUUUGCUAAAGCAACUGUUAAGUCCAGCUUGUUAGAGGCAUUAUUGUACACUUGACACUGAAACCUUGUCAACCUUGUCCUAUUUAAAUCCUCACAGAUUUUAAUGCUAAGCUUUCAAUUUCUUCUACCAGCUGAUUUCUUAUAUUCUUAUUUAACUGUUGCUCAGAGGUACCUUUGUCUCUUUCUGCCUGCCUGUCUGUCUGUCUCUUUCAAUUGUCAGUCUGGUUGAAACAUUGUACAGUGUUUUGUUCUCCAUGUACAAACCAUUACUUUUUUUGCAAACCCUUCAUACAAAAUAACAUCUAUUUGUAAAGAGGACUUUCUACAACCUAAAAGCAUGAAAGACCAUUCAAAAAUAUACAGUAUUCGUCUCAGCCACCUGACUGUACCGAAUCGAGCUUUUGUGGCAGGUGACUCCAAACUCCAACGGUAGUGUAUAUCGUAUAUUGCGGCAUAGCCUAAAAAUAUAGAAAUAUUAUUUAUAAGCCAUAUCCCCCAGCCCUACCAUAUGUGCAAUGUCUUGCAACGUUAAGAUCAUGAUGCUUGGGCAAAAUUGUGAGGAGAUGGAUAGUGUAUUUUGCAGUUAGGUAUAGAAACUUCUGACUAGCUCAGAAUAAGCAGAUCAGUCUGCAGGAAGCACAGUAACAGUGACAAAGGGUUAGGGUGCAAUCGGGUCUCCUGUUGGAGCAGCCAUCCUGCAAAUCAAUCCAAUCCAAUGUAGGAAAACACUGAUAAGAAGCAUGACUUUGUACAGUUGUUUACAAAAUGUUGCUUUGUAUCAUGACAAUGAGACAUAUCAUUGAGACAUAUCAUUGAUACAUGUACCUCUUUGAAAUGUUUAUUGUGUGUUACAGUUUUAUUAUGUGUAAUUAUUUUAUGUAUUUAAUGUAUUACUCCUUUUAGGUUUAAUACCAGGUUACAUAUAACAAUCAUUCAGGGUUACUACAAAAAAGUGUGUAAACUAUAUGCCUUUCUGGUUUCAAAUAAUCUUGCACUGUAUUACAUAGUGUACAUGCAAAUCUGUACGAGAUUAAACUGGACCACAAAGUUG